AUGCCGUUUCCGUCGUUCCUCCAUCACGACAAGCAGCCCGCUCGAGGAGCGUCUCUUCUCCGACGGUUCAAUGGAUUGUACAAACCGCCUCCGACAUUGGGGUCUCUGCUGGCUCCCAAGACGUCGAAGAAGAUGGGAAAGCAGUCCUCCACGCUGUUUGAGCUUGCGCAACCAGUGUGCAUAUCACUUGCCCCCCGAAGUGAGCCGAUUCCAUGCGUUCUCUUCACCGACCAACACACACCACUAGCCUCACAAGACUCGUCGAUCUAUGAAUCCUCAUCGAGCAGCUCGCAUUCCGAUGCGAGUUCAUCUCGCCAAACACUGGAAUUGGCCCGACCCGUUUCGGAAACUUCUGCCCCUCCAGAGGCAUGUGCAUCGCCGCAGCGCGCGCAGAUGAGGCCCCUGCGUCCGGCGCUCAAACAGGGAAGUGGCAGAUUCAAGUCUUCUUCGCAACGCGCCAACCUGCACGUGUCGUUCCUGCUCCCCUCUCGGCCUGACCAAGACGACGAGCCUUCCGCACUAUCGUUUCACACCCUUUUCGCAUACACGCAUCUAGAUCAUGCCCCCCUCUCCUACGACAUCGCCUUCCCUCCCUCCAAGCAGACGAUCCUGCGCCGAGGCGCACGGGACCCGAUCCCCAUCGAAGUGCUAGACGAGCCCGCGACGGAGCCACCCAUGUACACCGAGCUGGUGCUGCACUGCGCGCACUUCCCGUGGGACAUCGUCGUCCACCCGCACACCGCCAUCGAGGCGCCCGCGUCGCGCCGGUGCGGGCCGCGCAUGCCCCCUCGGCGGCGCAAGACCCCCAUCACGAACCUCGACGUCGUGUGUGCCGUGCACGACGCGCUGUCGGGGCGCGCCUCGGGCGACGAGUGGGGCCGGCUCUCGACCAAGGUGCAGCGGCGCAUAUCCCGCUCGUACGAGGCGCGGUGCGUGCAGACCGGCGGCGGAUGGGACGCCGGGGUGCGCAAGAUCGACUGGCUCGAGGGCAGGACGCGGCUGGUGGGCAUCGAGAUGGUGCCGGUGAAAAACUCGGGGCAGCCGCGGGCGAUGCUUGUGUUCAAGACCCCUGCUGCAUGAAUUGAAUUGGACUGGCGAGGCCCGGAGUCUCGUUCAGGCCGUGAAAGCUAAACACCCUCUUGUACAUAUAUCCGAACUCUUUCGCAGUCGACGCCUUUACAUGUUACAUUGUUGUACAUACGCCCAUUGACUAUCCUCAACUGUAGAACACCCACUCGCACUGUAUAUACUGUAGAUGACCAUGCUUUGCCCUCGAAUGAAAUUGUUGUAUUCUACCCAGUCACGCUAUCCCCAAACGUUAAGCCAAACUCUGAUUCAGUUGUGUGACUACGAGCGAGACACACCACUCCCGUGAAGAGCGGAGGCGACUCAGACAUGUCGUGACUGCGAGGCUCGCGCACGGAUGCUUCGCUGCCCACUCCUUGCAACGCGCAGAUGCGAGCCCCAACUCGCGUCCCACACGUCGAUUGGCGUGACAGAAACGAUCAUCGUCCCUGCUGCACGGAGGAACAUGUCAGCAUUUAUGCUUUUGCGCUCGCACCCAGACCGCAAAGGUGCCUGGCGAAGCCCACGAGCGAACAAGUCUCACACAAGCUCUAGCGUUCCGAAUCCGAGUCCGCUGGGAGAGUAGCGUGGGUGGGUCCAUGGCGGCUCCGAAAGCCAGAUUGAUCACCGGAGUCGGGUUUCGCAGCUGUUCGCUGCGUCGGCGUGCCGUAUACUUCGGGUCUGGGAGGUGGGGCCCCGGGGAGUGUGGGAGUCUAUGAGUUUCUGUAGGGACUGGGCCCGUUGGUAAUAGAGCUGUAAUACAAGUCGGACACUUACUCCACCGUGCUUUGACGUGCCUAUUAACCUUGUGGCCUUGGUUCGUAGUUCUUGGAGUUUUCCGUUGACUCAACGCACUCCAAUCCAUCAAGUAGCUUUCGGCACAAGACGCGCGUCAUCAGUUAUGAUGCAUGUAUGCAUGUCGUCACGUGUCCGUGUUUGAUGCAACUUAUUUCUUCGAUCCCACCUCAUCUUAUCGGAUUCUGCAGUCCCACGGGCUGCUCUCGAUCCCCGCGGACUCUAUCGACUGCCACCCACGCGGCACGGACUGCAGAUAGCGAUAUAGCGCACACGCCACGCAUCGUGGCAAUCCGAGUGCCUGCCCUGCCCCCUACCAGCUCACAAACUCCGGAUAAUGUAUUGGAUCUACAAUCAGUUGCACAGCAGAAGCUGCGUGCGCGGGAGUUAUUUCCGCUGCGUCAUAAUCGGGUAAUUUGAUCAUUCCCGCUUUAUUCGAAGACACCGCACGAGCGGAUCGAGGGAGAAGGGGGAAGGACAGAAGCGGCGCAGGGCGCGGGACUGACAAUGAACAGAUGUUUCUGUGCUUGGAGACAUAGGAUGGAAGGGGGGAAACUAGUUCGACUUUACAAUGUCAGACUCAAGUCUAUCGGCG